UUAUCAUGCUAAGUGUGUUGCUUACGAACUAAAUAUUUUGUUGGGAAGCUUAAUAUUUGAUUUCAAAUAAAAUGUACUAAAUAGCUAACAAGUUUAAUAUUUAGCUUCAGUUUAAGUUAACAAGCUCAAUGUAGUUGGUGAGAUUUAACUUCAAACUAGUUAGCAAGCUAAAUAUUUAGCUAAAAAGCUGAAUACUUAGCGAGCUGAAAGCUUAGCUUCAAAUUAAAUGUUUGGCAAGCUCAGUAUUUAGUUAGCAAGUUAAAUAAUGAGCUUGAAUGUGCCCACAUUUUUUAAUUAUUCUGACAUGCUAAAAAACCCAAAUUAUUGCUGCUUUUUUGACAAUAACGUCACCAACAGCACCCCGUACACCAGAGGGGAGUCAAACAUUUACUGGAGAGCCAUAAAAACCAUGGUGGGAAAACCGACUGCUAUUAAGUCUGACUGUUGAUUGUUUAGCUUGAGAACUGAGAACAGAAAUAGUCGUGAGACUUGAGUUCAGCCAUCAGGGGGCAGCAGAGAGCUGCUUCUGGUGGAGUGUAUUCUCACUGCUUCAUUAAACUGAAUUUUCAUACACAGAAUCUGUUUACAGAUGGCAUCAAACAGUCAGGAGUUGGCUUUAUACAUUUGAAAGCUUGAAUAACUGAUCAGCUUCACUGUAAAACCAUGAAAUAAAUUCAGCAAACUGCAGUUCUCAGGUUGGGUCGCCAGGGGGCAGCGCAGCUUCUGUGUUCCUGCUGCGAAACCAGGGCUGGAAAAAUGUAAUGUUUAGUAACAAACAGAUGAUUCAAUUAAAAACAAUCUAUUAACUUCAAGCUGCUGAUUUAACCCAGACAGAGAAUUUUAUUUAUUUUUUGUCCUUUAAUCUUCACUGCUAACUCUUAUAACUCAAGCAAAGCUGAGUUGGAAACUGUUGUCUGAUAUCAUGCAGUGCAGACACAACACAGCCACUGAUUUCCACUGUGCAGCAGAAAUAUGUGAAAAUGUCCCUGAAAAACAAAUGUCCUCAUUAUGAGACGCACAGCAGGGGGCCUAAAACACCACCCAGUCUGGCUUCAUCCCAGCUUCUAAGGGACCAAACAUGCUCCAAUCAGACGUGAGAGAAGCCCAGUCGACCAAUCACAGAGCGGCUCCAGGCGGAGGCCACAUCCCCGGCGCUGUAUAAGAGGAGCCGACCUGCAGCCGGAGCUGCACAACUUUACGUUCCCAUAAAAACCAGAUCCAGAUCCGAUUCCUGAUGGUGGUGGAGGUGAACCAGCAGAGGGUGGAGGCCAACAUCCUGCUGCUGGGAGCUCACAACGUGGGCAAAACCGCUCUAACCGUCAGAUUUCUAACCAGACGAUUCAUCGGAGAGUACGGAGACAUCGAGUCGAUUUACAGCCGAGUCGACCGAAUCGAUGGUCAGGAAAUCUGUAUCAACAUCUGGGACUCUCAGGCUGGCGGGAAAAGCUGCACCAUUAGUGACAAGCAGCUGCAGUGGGCUGACGGGAUGGUCCUGGUCUACGACAUCUGCGACCGCGCCAGCUUCGAGGUCGUCCGCCAGCAGCUGCAGCUGAUCCGCCACAGCAGGAAGAUGUCGACGGCGCCUCUUGUCAUCGUGGGAAACAAACGGGACCUGCAGCACCGCCGCAGCGUCUCCGGCGAGGAGGGACACCUGCUGGCUAUGACGGAGCGCUGCAGCUUCUUCGAAGUGUCGGCGGCGGAGGCGUACCAUGGCGUGCUGCUGGUGUUCCACCAGCUGGUCGACCUGGUCAGGGAGACGCGGGCGCUGAGGAAGAGCAUGGCGGGCGUCCGAGGCAUCGUCCGGAGCGUGUCGGCGGUGUUCGGGAAGAAACGGGCCGAAUGAACUGGCCAGAGCGUUUUUACCGGUUUAGGUGAAACAAAGGCAAGACUUCCUGUCCGCAUCCUUCUGAGGCGAGACGGGCUGGACAAGGUUGAGAGAAUGAUUCUUUGUCUGAAAGUCGAAGUUGGCCAAAUAAGUUGUGUAGAAAUAGGAAGUUGGAAAUAGAAGCGCGGAUGGAGAAAGAGACGGAGGUUGGUUGAAGUUCUUCAGAGGAUGAAGGACCGGCCGCUCCAAGUUCAGCUGCAGAAUAAAGAUGAUUUAUUGGUGUUUUAAGGAAACUAAUGAAAACAGACGGAGGACGGCCAUGAGCUCUGCAGGCAGCAGGUGGCGCUAGUUUCCAGUUGUUAAAAAGGUGGAAAUGUUCUGUAACCUACAAGAAUGUUGACGGAUGCUGACUGCGUUCCGCUGUAAAUGUUUUCAUGUUUAUGUUGUACAAAAUAUGUUUAAACCAUGAAUAAAAUCAGUUUCCCAUCCAGAGCUGUGGAUACGCUUUAUUUCAUCACAGCUACAAAUAUUUAUUCACACAGAAACAUCAGGUGUCUGUGACUGAAACUGACAUAAAUACAAAUCUGAAAUAUUUAAGCAUAUAAAGUAGAAAUUAAUUUUAAUUUAUUCCACUAAGUUUCAACAAAAACAACCUGCUAAUUUCUCCAACAUGUUUUAUUUCAGCUCAUCUUUAAUCUUCCUUCCACUCAGCAGAAACAUCUCUUCUCCUCCCAUCAGAUUUCACUUUAAACUUUCAAGCUACAUUUACAGCUCACAAAACGACUCAUUUCUUCAACUCAAUCCAAAAUGUUUUAAACUUUAAUAUUUGAUUUAAUGGACAUUUCAUUUCUUAAAACUCUUUUACAAACACAGGAAUUAUUAAUCAUUAACAUAAAAGGGUUAGAGCCAGCAGUGGGCACAUGUCGCUAACCUGCCAAUGAUAACAGCGGAGCUAAUUAGCAUUAAAAAUAGCGCUAAGCUAAAAAUUAGCUUAGCGCUUUUGCCAACUUUGAAAACAUUUAGCACACUUUGCUUUGCCAAAAUAGAUUUUUAUUAGCGGUUCUACAAACUGUCAGUGGAUGAAGCUUAACAUCAGGUUUUGAGGUUUUGGUUAUUGGCUUCAAAGAAAUAAAACAGACAUUGAUGUUCAUGCUUUUAUUUUGAAGUCUGUUUACACAGCAGUUCUGUUUCACAUCCUCCUGUUCUGUCUUUUUCCCCCAGUAACUUUAUUAUAAACAAGAAACAUACAGGAAUAAAAUAAAAUGAACGAGAUCCAAACAUAAAUAUUUAAAGGCACAUAGUAUGUAAGGCAUUUAUCAUUUGAAUUGAAGUUAGUGCUUUAGCAUUAGAUUUAGCUUGAUACAGUGUUUCUGAAGUGCUUUACCGUUAGCAGACUAACUUUUCAGUUAGCGGUGCCCACCACCGGUUGGAGUUAAUGUAAAGCAUACUGAAAUAAAUACUGAUAAAUUCAUAUUAAUAUUCAGACACAA